GCUCAUUCAGGUACUUAACACUCUGGAGACCCCGACCUCAGCUUUCAAGGCGCUGGGGUGGGAAGAGCUGUUUAUAUAAACAGGGAUUCCACUGUAAAUGCGCUAAGACCCCGGCGGCCUGCGCAUGGAGAGCGCCUCCCACGCCCACCGGUAAGAGCGGUGUCCCCGGCCGCCCCGAGGUUCCUAGGCCGCCCUGCCCCCUCUCUUUCCCCUAGCCGGCCAUGGCUACCUCUGGACGCCUCAGCUUCACCGUGCGCAGCCUCCUGGAUUUACCGGAGCCGGACGCGCAGCACCUGCCGAGGAGGGAGCCAGAGCCACGCGCCCCCCAGCCGGACCCCUAUGCCACCUGGUUGGAGUCGGAUCGCGGCCACUACCCCUCCUCGGACGAGAGCAGCCCGGAGACCGGCACGCCAGAUUCGGCGCAGCGGCUGUCGGCUGGGUCCAAGUCUCCGGGCUCGGACGCCGAGAAGAGGAAGAAACGGCGGGUGCUGUUUUCCAAGGCGCAGACGCUGGAGUUGGAGCGGCGCUUCCGGCAGCAGCGGUACCUUUCAGCGCCCGAGCGCGAGCAGCUGGCUCGCCUGCUGCGCCUCACGCCAACGCAGGUGAAGAUCUGGUUCCAGAACCAUCGCUACAAGCUGAAGCGCGCGCGCAUGCCCGGGGCCGCCGAGUCGCCCGACCUGGCAGUCUCCGCUGAGCUGCACGCCGCGCCCGGCCUGCUGCGACGCGUUGUGGUGCCGGUGCUGGUGCGCGACGGGCAGCCCUGCGGCGGCAGCGGCGAGGCAGGCACAGCCACGGCCCAGGACAAGUGCGGAGCCUCUCUGGCCGCCGCCUGCCCUCUGCCGGGCUACACUGCCUUCGGGCCGGGAUCGGCCCUCGGCCUCUUCCCGGCCUACCAGCACUUGGCGCCCCCAGCCCUAGUCUCCUGGAACUGGUGA